AUGGCAGCAGGACGGUACGAUCAAAGUGCCAGCCACUUGGAUGUGUGUUGCAAUAUGCAUUACAAACAGAGGAGAAGUAUGCUGCUUAGGCUCCUGCCAUUUUUUGUCUCCAGCGCCGUCUAUUUCGUUCUUUCGCUCCCUGGGUCCAGUUUACAGAGCACUAUCCUAAAAUGCCUCCCCACGUUCUCCCUGGCGUUCUUUGUGACCAGUCAGCCCAAAAACGGAGGUGUCUUCAAACCGUAUUCCCGGUGGAUUUUCCAUGGUCUCUUGUUUGCAUGUGUGGGAGAUGCCUGUUUGGUAUGGCCAGAAUUCUUCCUUCCAGGAAUGGGUGCCUUUGCCAUAUGCCACAUCUGCUACAUCACAGCCUUUGGCCUGGCUCCCCUUCAACCUCUCACCUUCCUGGUCAUCGAGGGACUCGUGGCUGUGAGUUACGUGGUGAUCCUGCUGCCCUGUUUGUCAGGUUUCUACACAUGGGCAGUGCUGUUUUACUCAGGCCUCCUCGGCGUCAUGACCUGGCGCGGACUGUCUUGCUCCAAAAGGCUGGCUUCAGCGGGCAGCUUGAUCUUCAUUGUGUCUGAUCUGCUGGUUGGCUAUGACAAAUUCUGCACCUCCCAUCCUCUUACCCACAUCCUGUACAUGAGCACUUACUACCUUGCCCAAACCUUGAUUGCCAUCUCAGUAGAGUCUCCAAAAUUUUCCCUAAAGGAGAACUGA